AUGACACCCACGUUGGCAUUGGGACUCCCGCAAUCUUAUAAUCACGGAUUGGCCUUAAAGGAGGCUGCACUGGUCCGACGGCGUCGCGCUAUCAUAGGCGUGAUAAUUACUGCGCUAUGCCUGUGCGUCAUGAUAACGUGGCACCUGGUCAUGCAGCUGCCUACGUCGAGAUCGUCUGGGGAAGUGGCGUCUCCGCAUCGUAUGCUACACCAGACGAACUUGACUGACGUGAAACAGUCGCACAGUCUCCAGUACCCAAAGCAGCUAGUCGAUGAGCACCAGCACACCGUGCAAGAUCAGAGGGAGACGCGCGGUUUCCACGACGAAAAACAGAUCGUGAUGGUGCUGGCUCAUUACCAGAACAGCAAUGCAUGUGCCCAGUCUCUCAUUGAUGCACGUGCAAAAGCAUACCUUGCGUCAAGGGUCCACUUUCGCGUAUUUGAGGAGCUAUAUCUGAACCAGGAACCGACAUGCGUGCAACGGUACUGUGAGCUUAAGUCUACGGACUGCAAGGAAUUGCUGCGAUCUGGGCAGCUUCGUGCGCAAAAAAGGGAUGCGUCCGGGGCACUUGGAUUUACUGUUGCUCGAUAUGUGGCCGAGAGUUUGGUGGAGCGUAAAUUUGCGAACGAUUUUUAUAUGUCAAUAGAUCCAGCGAUCGUCGUGUUUACGGAAAAGUGGGACAUUGAGCUACUUAAACAGUGGUAUAGUGUGGGUAAUGAUAUGGCUAUUCUGAGCAUUGCACCCAGGGCCAUUGAAUCACGCAAUUUGAGUAAUGCUACCGUGCUUGUGCAAUGCUCAGCACGCAUCCAUUCCAAGUCUUUUGAUGCAGUGGUCGAGUUUAACGCACCUGAGCCAUUACCACGUCAAGGAGCUGCGCUGUAUUCGCCCGUUUUGCAGACCCAGUAUUCUGAACUAUUCCAUUUCGGCCCGAUUCAUGCACUUUUUGAUGUACGCUCGGAUCCCCAUACCCCGCUCAUCUUAGUUGGGUACGAAUACGCGCGCGCAACACGUUUCUGGACUCGUGGGUACGACUUUUAUGCUCCGAACAAAGACGUUGUUUUUGCUCGAUAUCAGUGGAAAGAUGCUCCGUUUCCAAAGGCUUUGGGUCCCACUAACGGCGACAUAGAACAGUGGCGUCAGCGCAGAUCAGAUACGGCCACUCGUCGUAUUCGGAGGCUCCUUGGGUUGCCUGUAUCGGUUCUGGAUGGGCAGCUGGAACAAUUUGAGACUUAUGCCUUGGGCAAUCUACGAUCUAUGGACGCUUGGCAACGAUUUUCGGGAGUAAAUCCUCGCGCAGCUUACAAUGAAUCCACGACUAAUCAAUUUUCACUCUGCGCCGCAAUUGCCAACAACCAAGUGCAAUAUGUACGUUACUCACUUAACAAGACCUGA